UACAAACAUAUGAAAAUUUAUCUAAGCUUCCUAAUCAUAGCUGAUAUUGUUAACCAAUAUUUAGUAUCACAGACACCAAAGUCAAAUAUUCUAUCUAAGAAACAUUUGAAAGCCUUUCCGAGACAUGAAACAAAAUAAUGAGGUAAUGAUAUUACGAUCAGAUAAACGUUCAAAUGUUAUUCUAAUAAACACAACUGAUUAUAUUACUGAGAUGAAUUCAAGCUUAGACGAUCAACUGAGAUUCGAGGUAGAUAAAUUCAACAAGGAUUUAAGUGAUUUAACAGAAAAACAAAUAAUAAGCAUACUUAGAGAACAUCUAAAGAUGAAAAUGAUUACUAAUUAUAAUUAUAAUGAUUUGAAACCUCUUGUCUUAAGUCUGCCUCAAAUGAAUGAUUUACCAAUGGUUCACAAACAUGAUAUCCCUGUUAGACUUAUUCACUGUAUCACAAAGUUGCACGCUGGCUGGCAAAAAGGAUAGAGACAGUGUGUCAAAGUAUUACUAACAUAUCCGUUUAGAAAUUCAUUCUAAUUGACUGACAGAUUAGAUCAUACUAAUGUUGCCGAAACAGUAUUUCUACUGACAAAGAAAAAAUGAAUUAAUAAGUAGCAUGUAUAAAUACCAUAGACAAUCGAAAAAAAGAAAACAAGCGACCAUUUCCUCUAAACGUUAU